AAGAAGCAGAAGAAGCCGAGUCCCAGGGACCGAUCCACCAUACCCGACCCUAACGCCGUCCUCAUUACGCCUGCGGGCGACAUCUGGCCGCGUCCGUACGUCUUCGAGGACGAUCUCCGGCGCGUGCUACCUUACCACUUCACGUACAACACGUACUGCAAGGAGAGAUGGCGCGGGCGGUCGCUCAUAGACAUAUUCGAGUCUGAGUUUCGAGACCGGCCUGUCGAGUACUACCGCAACUCCAUGGUGAGAGGCGACAUCUACGUCAACGGCCGUGUGGUUGGCCCAGACUACAUUGUCCGCAACGGGGACCUGAUAUCACACACGUUACAUCGCCAUGAGCCCCCCGUCACCGCCGAGCCUAUAGGCAUCAUCCACGAGGACGACGACAUCAUUGUCAUCAACAAGCCUUCGGGCGUUCCGGUGCAUCCUGCUGGUCGCUACAACUUCAACUCGGUCAUUGAGAUUAUGAUUGCAGAGAGGGGCAGGGACUUCAUGCCCUAUCCGUGUAAUCGAUUGGAUCGUCUGACCAGCGGCAUCAUGUUUAUCGCCAAGAGCGUCAAGGCAGCCGAGGCCAUGGCCAUCAAGAUCAGGGGGCGCACUGUGAGAAAGGAGUAUCUGGCGCGCGUUGUUGGCCACUUCCCCGAUGGCGAGGUGGUCUGCGACCAGCCGAUACUGCAAAUUUCCCCCAAGCUGGGACUGAAUCGCGUGCGCGCCAAUGGCAAGUCGGCCAGGACCGUCUUCAAGCGACUGGCGUACUACCCACCGCGUGACGGCGAUGCCGAUGAGCCAGCUGUGCUGGGCGAGGAUGGGCGGCCUUCCACGCCCGCGAACGAGGAGGGGUGUGUUGGGGAUGAGCAGCGCACGCCUUGGCUGAAGAAGAAGGGCUACUCCAUCGUUCGAUGUCUGCCGGUGACGGGUAGGACACACCAGCUUCGGGUGCACCUGCAAUAUCUCGGACACCCCAUCCAAAACGACCCCAUCUACGCUAAUCAGCGGGUCUGGGGUCUGAACCUUGGCCAGGCGGAUGCCGAUGGAUCGCACAAUACCGACGAGGACAUCAUCAGCCGUCUGAAUCGCAUGGGGAAGGAAGAUGUGGCGGAGGCUGUUGUAUACUACGACGAGAUGGUGGACAGGUACGAGAAGCAGAGAGCCGAGAAGAUGACGGGCGAGUUGUGCGACAUUUGCCAGACACCGCUCUACUCAGACCCGGGGAGCCACGAGCUGUCUCUGUGGCUUCACAGCCUGCGAUAUGAGGACGCCGACGGGAGCUGGGCAUACACGAGCCCGUUACCCAAAUGGGCCCUUCCCCCAGAGGGUAUGAGUGGGCCGACGACGGUAGGCGGCAUGGAGGAGCUUGUGGAAGCCGUCAAGGACGAAAACCCCGAGAUUUCA